CAUGGGUCAACCCAGCUACUUAUUUGUCCAUUAGACCUUUAGAGAAUCUAACCUUCCUCUGGUACGGGUUGAUCUGCUCGCCUUCUCCUCCCCUCACCUUCCCCUCCCUCUUCUCUAACCUAACAAUUAAUUCCGAACCUCUCGAAAGACUCCGCUUGUCACAACUCUCUCGUUCCCUCCCCUGCACCUUCUUUUCCAACUUUCGUCCACCCGCCCACUAUCACGAAUCGAUCACGAAUCGAUCCUGCGACCUACUUCCGCUACCCCUGAUUUCGCCGCUUCAACCACAUUUUCGUAGACAUGGCUUCCACCUCCGGUGUAGGGUCGUAUUCGAACCCUCUGAAGAAAUUCAAGCUGGUUUUCCUGGGAGAACAGAGUGUUGGCAAAACUUCCUUGAUUACGAGGUUCAUGUAUGAUUCAUUCGACAACACAUACCAAGCCACAAUUGGGAUCGACUUCUUGUCCAAGACGAUGUACCUAGAAGAUAGAACCGUGCGCCUCCAACUGUGGGAUACCGCCGGUCAGGAGCGGUUCCGCUCCCUGAUUCCCUCCUACAUUCGCGAUUCGAGUGUCGCCGUGGUAGUUUACGACAUCUCGAAUGCCAAAUCCUUCCAGAACACCCGGAAAUGGAUCGACGAUGUCCGCGGAGAGCGUGGAAACGAUGUCAUUAUUGUCCUGGUCGGCAAUAAGACCGAUUUGAACGACAAGCGGGAGGUCACGACGGCACAGGGUGAAGAGGAGGCCAAGAAGAAUGGGUUGAUGUUCAUUGAAACGAGUGCGAAGGUCGGCCACAACGUCAAGCAGCUUUUCCGGAGAAUCGCCCAGGCCCUACCGGGCAUGGAGGGAGAAAGCAACAGAGGGGACAACCAAAUGAUCGAUGUUAACAUUAGCCCGAAAGAGACCACGACUAAUGAUGGAUGCGCCUGCUAAUCACUGGGCUGGCAGCUGCCGACUCAAUUUUCUCUUAUAACUUCUUCUCUUACUCUCUUGCCUGAACCUCAAUCAGCGGCAUGAGACAUUGUCUAUAAUGUUCACCCAUCCUCAACAUGUACAUUUCCUCCGGUCCCCCUUCUUUCGAGUGAAUAGCGUGUUUAGAUCAAGCUUCAAUUUUCUUUCUAAACUUAAUUGGACCUAUCUUUUUCAUUUUCACUUUGUCCCGAAAAGACCCCGGUAACCGUAGGGGCCAGGCGUGUGCGUCUCAAGUCCUGAGAUUGGAUUUGUUUUGCGUCCGGCAGGCGGUGUG